AUGCCCUUUUUCCAAGCGAGUAUAUUCCAGUCGAGCCAGCUCGAGCACGGCCGCCGAUUCCAUUUCAGAGACCCCCACAACAGCCAGGCAGGUUGGUGCUGGGGCACUGUGGCUCUCCCAGAUACCAUGGGUACUGGAACCAGUGACCUGGAGAUUAUAUUGCAUAUAUGCGACGCCAUCGCAGCGGGCUUGGUUACUUGGGGCGAUAGUGCGAUGCACGGCCUAGGAAAGUACUGCGUCUCGUUCCCGAUCAAGUUGGAAACCCCCGAGCAAGACUUAGAGAGGUUGAUGCUUCAGGUUGAGUACGCUGCACUGUGGUGGAUGAGCUUGCUCCGUGCGGAGACUGUUUCUAUUGACAAGCACAUGCUUUUCCGGGCCCGUCAGCCGCCCUCGUAUCCCGAGGAUCAGUUGUUGGAUGCGCCUUUUCACUGGGAUAAGCCUAAGUACACGGCUCAAAAUCCGUGGUCUGCGGUUACUGUGCUGCGGUAG